AUAGAUUAUCAUCUUCACAUCCACAUCUAAUUCUUCUUCAGCCUUCAGUAUUAUACACAGCUUUCUAAUCACCUGUUCAAUUACCACUUGAAGUGCACAAGCAUCUUUCGUUUCAGAUCAAGCAAACAUACAUGGCAGGUUUCGACAGCCAAAGAUGGUCUCUAAAGGGUAUGACUGCCCUCGUCACAGGUGGAACUAAAGGCAUCGGGUAUGCCAUAGUGGAAGAGCUAGCAGGACUUGGAGCAACCGUGCAUACCUGUGCCCGUAACGAAGCGCAGAUUCUUGAGAGGCUUCAAGAAUGGGAAAGUAAGGGAUUCAAAGUGACCGGCUCGGUUUGUGACUUAACCUCUAAAGCACAAAGAGAGAACCUCAUCAAAACUGUCUCCUCUAUUUUCCAUGGCAAACUGAACAUCCUCGUAAAUAGUGCUGCAACUUGCACACUUAGAGGAACUACAGAUUACACUUUGGAAGAUUUCUCAAGUAUGAUGGAAACCAAUGUUGAAUCUCCCUACCAUCUUUCUCAACUUGCACACCCUCUCUUGAAAGCCUCUGGAAAUGCAAGCAUUGUCUUUGUGGCAUCUAUUGCCGGUGUGGUAGCUCUUCCAAAACUCUCUGCCUAUGCAGCAACAAAAAGUGCGAUUAUCCAAAUUUCAAAGAACUUGGCAUGCGAAUGGGCAAGGGACGGCAUUCGUACUAAUUCUGUGGCACCAUGGGCUGUCAACACCGGAGUUAAAGUUGAAUCUGACGGCCAUUCUGAUGAUUUCAGACGCCUAAUAGGUAGAACCCCCAUCCGUCGCCUGGCACAGCCUAAUGAAAUCUCAUCUCUAGUCACUUUCCUCUGCCUUCCUGCUGCUUCUUACAUCAAUGGACAAGUUAUUAGCGUUGACGGUGGAUUUACCGUUAGCGGUUUCUAGCGAACUCAACUCGUCAAUGAAUAGGAUGCGAAAUCAGCAUCCUAUCUAUCUGAUCACAUAUCAUCUAACAAUCCCAACAGUUCUUUUAUUAUUUCCUACGGAUAAACAUCCGUCCAUCCAAUUUCUAGAUUGUAAUUCAACAUUUUACAUUGUUAAUAAUAAGCAAAUUGUCAAUUUA